GCGUAAAGUUCGGGCUGAGCGCGAAUAAGCGGUGGAGACGGCAGCGGGGAGGAUCCUCCCGCUUUGCCGAGCGCGCGUGGGAGCGAAGGAGAUGCAGAAGUUUCUGCAGCUUUUCGGGCGGCUGAAAUCGGUUGUCCUUGGCAUGGUCCAUGUCAGGGCACUGCCAGGAUCACCUUGUGGUACCUUGCCUUUGGCUCAGAUCAUUGAAGAAGCCUGUGGAGAGGCUGAAAUGUACAGGGCUGCUGGUGUCGACGGCUUGAUUGUUGAAAAUAUGCACGACCGGCCUUACACAUUCGACGUUGGUGCAGAGGUUACAGCGGCUAUGGCGGUGAUUUGUGCCUCGGUAAAACAGGCGUGUCCCACUCUCCCUGUUGGGGUUCAGAUACUUUCUGCUGCAAAUCAGCCAGCUUUAGCUGUUGCCCUUGCGUCAGGUGCGGAUUUUGUUCGAGUUGAAGGCUUCAUUUUCUCUCAGGUGGCUGACGAAGGGAUUCUGAACGCUUGUGCUGGGAACUUGCUAAGAUACCGCAAGCAAAUCGGAGCCGAACACAUCCAGGUUUUUGCUGAUAUUAAAAAGAAGCACAGUGCUCAUGCCCUGACCGCUGACGUCACGGUGGCGGAAACCGCGAAGGCUGCUGAAUUCUUUCUGGCCGAUGGGGUUGUGUUGACUGGGAUUGCAACUGGGUCAGAGGCGGAUCCCAAAGAACUAGAAGAAGUCAGAUCUGCGGUGAAGAUUCCAGUAUUGGUGGGGUCUGGUGUGACUUUGGAUAAUGUGAAGGACUACUUAAGUGCAAAUGCCUUGAUCAUUGGUUCCUAUUUCAAGAAAGAAGGCCAUUGGGCAAAUGGCAUUGAUCUGGAUCGUGUGAAGAAGUUUAUGGAUUAUAUUGGCAAACUAAGAGUGUAAAUGUGUUCGCUUCUGCUGUCAGUUUACAAUUGAAGCACAACUGCACCAAUUCUCUUAUUUUGCAAUUUUCCAAGUCUUUUUAUGCUUAAGACAGAGGAUUUUUUUCUGAAUUCAAAAUUAAAGGCACGCGUGACGCACAAAUAUAUGUUCAUCUCCUUGUAUUAGAUGGAACACUGGAGGAAAAAUAUAUAGGGAGAAUGGUUCUGAAAAUAUUAUGAGAGUAGGUCAUAUGGAAAGCUGAUAAAAUUCCAGUGUCCAGGUAACAAUAAAUUCUUAGUCUUAUAGCCCAAUUGGAAGGAAAAAUACUUAUAUAUACUUUUACAUUAAUAAAAGGUAAAAUUUAAAAUUAUCUGCAAAAAUUUUAGUAAUUUGUGUACAUAAAACAUACAGAUUUUUUUCAGAUUGAGUUACCAAUAAACAACAUUUGGUGAAAUCUCAGAUGAACUCCGAUUUUGUCUGUUACAUCCGAAGUUUGCUGCGUAGGAGCAUGUAAAAAUGCAGUGUCUCCCUGUAUUUUAAGUUGGGAAUCUGCUGCUCUGACUACCAAAUGAUUGAGAUCAGACAGAUUACAGGUGUGUCCUUGGCAGAGUUAUAGUUAUUACAAGAGACAAAAUCAAAAAGAAAACAUUUGUCCAUGCCAUUCCGAGGAAUUGAACCUGAAUCUGUGACUUCUAACUGGUGACAUGAACAUUCAACAUCGUCAACCAAAAGGUAUGGUUACUCUCUCUUCUUUCCUAAUUAAAGCACUGGAAGCCAUG